AUGAUAGGUAUCGAGGCAUUUUAUCUUAGCUACUACUUCGGCAGUCCUGCGCAGAUGAUGGAGUUUUCCGAUGCGGAAAAUGAGUGCCGGAAAAUUGGAGGACAUUUGCCGUCCGUCUCAAAUGCUUAUGAGAAUUCGGCGGUGCAAAAUGCUGCUUACAAGAUUCUCAAAGGACCCGGAACAGGAGGAAAGGUAAUACUGGGCUAUUCGAAUCUGAUGAUGAAUGGCUUUACGUGGAGUGACGGUAAUCCAUCCACAUACGCAAACUGGGCACCUGGCGAACCGGUUACCGUUAUCGCUGGUGUGACGUGGAUGGACAUUCUGACAGGGCAAUGGAAUACGGCUGCACCGUACGCGAAGUCCAACUUCCUGUGUGCUCUUCCGGCAAACCGUGUGCCUUGCUCCUAA